CAUAACCCCCUCUGUUUUCCCUCUUUCUUACUCAACAAGAAUCCUCCAAUGGCAGCUCAACCAUUGUACUAUUUUUCUCCAUUACUUCUUCUUCUACUCUUCAAGCUACACCUGCAUGCCACUGUAGCUGACUAUGGAGGUUGGCAGAGCGGCCACGCUACCUUCUAUGGCGGUGGUGAUGCUUCAGGCACAAUGGGUGGAGCUUGUGGAUAUGGAAAUCUGUAUAGCCAAGGAUAUGGAACAAACACUGCAGCUUUAAGCACCGCUCUGUUCAACAAUGGCUUGAGCGGCGGUUCUUGUUACGAAAUGCGAUGCAGCAACGACGCCAAAUGGUGUCUUCCAGGCUCUAUCAUCGUCACCGCGACGAACUUUUGCCCUCCUAACUUGGCUCUGUCCAACACCAAUGGUGGUUGGUGUAAUCCUCCUCUUCAGCACUUCGAUUUGGCCGAGCCUGCUUUCUUGCAUAUCGCUCAGUAUCGAGCUGGAAUUGUCCCUGUCUCGUUCAGAAGAGUGCCCUGUAUGAAGAAAGGAGGCAUAAGGUUCACCAUCAAUGGCCACUCUUACUUCAACCUGGUUUUGAUCACCAACGUUGGCGGGGCAGGGGAUGCCCAUGCGGUCUCGAUCAAAGGGUCUAAAACUGGAUGGCAAGCCAUGUCAAGGAACUGGGGUCAGAACUGGCAAAGCAACUCAUAUCUAAAUGGCCAGAGCUUGUCUUUCCAAGUCACAGCCAGUGAUGGAAGGACGGUGACUAGCUACAACGUGGCACCUGCUGGUUGGCAAUUUGGUCAGACAUUCGAAGGGGUUCAAUUUUAAUUUCAAAAAUAGAUUAUGUUAGAUUGAUUUUUGUAUUAUACUAUAUGAAUCUGCUUCUUGCUAAGUGUUAAAAGAGGGCAAAGUGGUAGUUUUGAAGGUUUUUAGACUUUGGCUCUACGAUGCUGUGGUGGCAAAAUAGCCCCCGCUGAGCCUUUCACAUUGAAAACCUUUUGGUUAAUGUAAUUACCUUUGUUUACGUUUGGUUGUAUCCAAUUUAUUAAUCGUAAUGUUGAUGGUGUUAUUUUA